UUGAAAUUGAAGAUAUCCGUUAAUUUUUGAUAAGUCAAUAAUUCCUUUUAAAAGAAGCUUUUUGUAAGAAUUAACUUAAAACAAAAGUGUCUUAAAAAUCAGUCUAUCGUUUAACGAGUUAUUUAAUUUUAAAUCUUUGAAUUCAGAAUUUUUCAGCCUGUCAUUCAGCUUUACCAUUGAUUGGUUUAUUUCAUCGAUUAGAAAAAACAUUAAAUUUAAUAUUAAUAUAACGAAGAAUGGCUAAUUCUGCUGCGGUUUCCAAGAUUCCUUUAUUCAGAACAUUAGCUGCCCGUGGAUAUGCCUCACAACCAGCAGUCGCUGCAGCUUUGAAAUCUGGUGAUGUUCAAACAACAACCUUACCAAAUAAGCUCGUUGUUUCGUCUACAGAGACUGGAAGUGCAAUUUCUCGCAUCUCGGUCGCCUUCAAAGCUGGAUCCCGUAACGAGACUCACGAUAAUUUAGGUGCUGCUCACAUCAUCCGAGUCGCUGCUGGAUUAUCAACGAAACAUGCAUCAACUUUUGGAAUCACACGAAAUGUUCAGCAAGUUGGUGGAAGCUUGUCAGUAACAGCUGAUCGUGAACUUCUCUCAUAUACAAUUGAAGUGACUCGUGAUAAUUUAGAGACAGCACUUCAAUACUUAGAAAAGUCCGUAACUGGACAACUUUUCAAACCAUGGGAGAUUGCAGACAGUACACCACGAGUCAAGCUUGAAUUAGCUAAUGUUUCAAAUCAAGUUCGUGCCGUUGAGCUCCUCCAUCAAGCUGCAUAUCGUACUGGUCUUGGAAACUCAUUAUACUGUCCAGAUCAUAAAGUAGGCAAAAUUUCAAGCGAAACACUCCAACAUUUCUUCGAAAGCAACUUUACAGCCAAUCGUGGUGCUGUCUCAGGUGUUAAUAUUGAUCAUCAAAUGCUCUUAGGAUAUGCUCAAAGCUUACAACUUGGAUCUGGUGAAGGUGCAAAGAAUGACAACAAAUAUUAUGGUGGAGCUGAUGUUCGUUGUGAACGUGGUGGAAAGAAUGCAUCAGUUGCUGUAGCUACAAACGGUGCUGGAUGGUCAAAUCUUCAAGAAGGUAUUGCUUUUGCCGUUUUACAACGUGCAGGAGGAGUUGGACCAGCCACAAAAUGGGGACAAAGUGCUGGAGUUCUUGUUAAGGCUAUUCAAGCAGCAGCACCAAAUACAGGAGCAACAACACUUAAUGCAAGCUAUUCAGACAAUGGUCUUUUCGGUUUCGUCGUCAGUGGACCAGCAAAAGAAGCAGGAAUCGCAGUCGAGGCUGGAAUUAAAACAUUAAAAUCAUGUUCACCAUCAGACGAAGAUAUUGCACGUGGAAAGGCUCAAUUAAAAUCUGAACUUGCAUUCAUCUAUGAAACAGACGGAUCACUCGUUCAAGAACUCGGUGUACAAGGCAUUGUUUAUGGAAAUACAUUAACAUUAAAGGGCUGUUUCGAUGCAAUUGAUGCCGUACAAGCUGGUGACAUCAAAUCCGCUGCACGCAAACUCUCAAACAAAGUGUCCAUAGGAGCAGUAGGAAACUUAGAGCACGUUCCAUAUGCCGCAGAUUUGAAUUAAACAAAUAAAUCCUUCAUUAAAAUUAGAUUAUUAUCUGUUAAAACUAAAUAAAUUGGGUAUUUAAUGUCAAAUAAAAGAAAAUCCUGGAACUAUAAUAUUGUUUCCGUCAUCAAGGCAGUCAAGAGUUACAGUGUAAAUGCCACUUCCGAUA